CAAGUUCCAGGCAGCCCCAAAGCCAAGUUCCAGGCAGCCCCAACAAACAUCACUGCAGGCUUCGGGGAAGGGAUUCGUGGCCUGGGGUGGUCACCAGACAAGGAGCCUGUGGCAAUCAGGUACAGUCAGAGCGGGCACACUUGAGGUCCAGGGUCACCUUGAAGUCCUGAGGCAUUGCUAAUGGACAGCCUGGCAUCUCAGCAACAUCUUCUGCUUCUCUUUCACUUGCCUCCUCCAUGUCCAGGGAAUCAGGUGCUUACAUCUCUCCUGAUGGCGCUCCGAGAAGAGGCUAGUGGAGUUGACCACAUCUCUUGGACGUCUGACCUGAGGUUAAAAACUAGACCGGGGAUCAUCUGAUUCCAGCAGAAGGGUCACUGGCCUAGGAUGGCACAAUCCAAGACCUCAGACCAGCGUCUUAAAAGAUUGAGGAGAGACGGCCAUCCAGCAUAGAACCCCUGUUUUUGAUGGGACACUAAGUCUCAGAGACCCCCUUCGUGUGACAAGAGCCACUUGGAAACCAUGGAGACCGCAGUGAUCGGGAUGGUGGCAGUGCUGUUUGCUGUCACCAUGGCCAUCACCUGCAUCCUCUGCUACUUCAGCUAUGACUUGAAGACCCAAGACCCAGACAGGGACCCCAGGAACAGCUUCACCGUGGCCACAUUUCACCAGGAAGCAUCGCUCUUCACAGGGCCUGGUCUCCAAUCCCGGCCAUUGCCAAGUGCCCAGAACUUCUGGACUGUUGUGUGAGGCUGGCAGUCCCUCAGCUUUGCUCUGCUACUGGUUCAGGCCUGCCUACCUUUCAGGCACCAUUGUCUGGCAUUUUGCUCUUCCCAGGCCUCUCUGUCUUUACAUGUUCCACAAACUUCUUCCCUUUUCUCUCCGAUCUGCUUGCUCUGCCCUCUAUCCUGGGGGACCUGAGGUGUUAGGAUCGCAUGUGAGGUUCCUCUUAGCUGAGAAAUCAGCUGGGCCUUGCUUACAGUGAGGAUGAGGAGGUGUGGACAGACACUGUGUGGCAUUCUAUGGUGGGGUAGCUGUGGAACCUCCGCAGAAGUUAGCACCCUGUCAGCAGGAUGCCCGUGAUAAAGGUGGCCGCGCCACCCAAGGAGCCCGUGCCCUCAAGUGGACGUUUUGAGGAACUACUUCUUAUUUGUUUGUAUUUUUGGAUGCCUCACAUUGCCCAACCCUGAGACUUGCUCCUUAAUCAGCCCUGAAACUCUGAAACCAAAGAGCUGUUUUCUGGGAACAAGUGACUUAUUUUAUAAUUGUGAACGUAUAUCCUUUUAUGGGUCUUUCCAAAUCUGCUUGGGAAAAACCACAAAAGGAAGCAGAAUAAAUAGUAAAAGUGCUGCAGAAAGCACAAGGUGUUUCAUCAGCAGGAAGCCACCGAGAAGACUUAAAGCACGUUUUGAACAAGACUUGCUUUAUUGCUAUAGUCUGACAGACCGUGUCUAUUCUUAGCAGAUGUGAGGGAUUUGCGUCACUUAGGAAUGAUACAAACAUUGUGAACUGAGAGACAAUUCCAAAAAAGUUAAAUGUUGUUACAUUUCGCUGCAUGUGAAGAAGUUGUUGUUUUUACCACAAAUAA